AUGGCAGAUCGCCAAAAUGGAAGUACAAAAACAUCUACCUCGAGCAGUGCUUAUAAAAUUGAUCUUGAGAAUUUCCGCAAGCGUCUGAAGGGUUUUUAUGGUCAUUGGAAGGAACACAAGUCUGAUCUUUGGGCUGAUUCAGAUGCUGUUGCUAUUGCAACACCCCCUCCUUCAGAAGAUCUUCGCUAUCUUAAGUCCUCAGCCUUGAAUUUCUGGUUGCUUGGGUAUGAGUUCCCAGAGACUAUCAUGGUCUUCAUGAUCAAGCAGAUGCAUUUUUUGUGUAGUCAGAAGAAAGCAAAUCUGCUUGAAACCCUCAGAAAGCCAGCAAAAGAGGCUGUCGGUGCUGAUGUUGUGAUACAUGUGAGGGCAAAGAAUAAUGACGGGACAGGCUUAAUGGAGGAGAUGCUAUGUGCUGCUCGUACUCAAUCAAAAUCUGAUAGUGUUCUCGUUGGAUACAUUACGAAGGAGGCACCUGAAGGAAAACUUCUGGAAACUUGGUCAGAGAAGUUAAAUGGCUCUGGCUUCCAACUUGGUGAUGUGACCAAUGGGUUCUCAGAACUUUUUGCUGUCAAAGAUGAGAGUGAGCUCACAUGUCUGAAGAAGGCAGCGUACUUGACCUCAUCUGUGAUGAAAAACUUUGUUGUCCCAAAGCUUGAGAAGAUCAUUGAUGAGGAGAAUAAAGUUUCACAUUCUGCUUUGAUGGAUGACACAGAAAAAGUGAUACUUGACCCAUCGAAGGUGAAGGUCAAGCUAAAGGCUGAGAAUGUUGAUAUAUGCUAUCCACCCAUAUUUCAGAGUGGUGGAGAGUUUGAUUUGAGGCCCAGUGCUUCAAGCAAUGAUGAUUAUCUUUAUUAUGACUCUUCAAGUGUGAUCUUAUGUGCAAUUGGCUCACGCUACAACAGCUACUGCUCUAAUUUGGCCAGGACUUUUCUGAUUGAUGCGAAUCCGUUGCAGAGUAAAGCAUAUGAAGUUCUGCUUAAGGCGCAUGAUUCUGCAAUAGCUGCUCUGAAGCCUGGUAACAAGGUUAGUGCUGCUUUCCAAGCUGCUGCUAAAGUGAUUGAGAAGGAAGCCCCAGAACUACUACCGCAUCUAACCAAAACUGCUGGAACAGGGAUCGGUCUUGAGUUCCGGGAAUCUGGAUUUAGUUUAAACGCAAAAAAUGAUCGGUUACUCAAGGCCAGAAUGAUCUUCAAUGUGUCUCUUGGAUUUCAAAACCUUCACAUGAAGACUAAGAACCCAAAGACGGAGAAGUUCUCAUUGUUGCUAGCUGACACAGUGGUUGUUGUCAGUGAUAAAUCUCCAGAAGUGUUGACCCAAAGCUGCUCCAAGGCACUUAAGGAUGUUGCAUACUCAUUUAAUGAGGAUGUGGAGGAAGAUGAACAAUUGAAAAAGAAACCUGAACAAAAUGGUGAGCCAUUAUUGUCCAAAGCAACCCUAAGGUCUGAUCACCAGGAGAUGUCAAAGGAAGAGCUGCGGAGACAGCAUCAGGCAGAACUUGCUCGACAGAAAAACGAGGAAACUGCUAGGAGGCUGGCUGGUGGUGGGUCCAAUGCUGGAGAGGGGCGCGGUCCCAUGAGGGCAUCCAGUGACCUGAUUGCCUACAAGAAUGUCAAUGAUAUUCCCUAUUCCAGGGAGCCGGUAAUACAGGUAGACCAGAAGAAUGAGGCUAUUCUCUUACCAAUUUAUGGAGGUAUGGUGCCCUUCCAUGUUGCCACUGUCAAGAGUGUGACUAGCCAUCAGGACAAUCGUACCUCCACCAUCCGCAUAAUUUUUAAUGUGCCCGGUACUCCAUUCACUCCGCAUGAUGCAAAUUCCCUUAAAUAUCAAGGUGCUAUUUAUUUGAAAGAGAUUACAUUUCGCUCAAAAGAUCCUAGACACAGUAGUGAAGUUGUGCAGCAGAUCAAGACACUUCGCAGACAAGUUACUUCCCGAGAGUCAGCGAGAGCAGAGAGAGCCACACUGGUGACACAGGAGAAAUUGCAGCUUGCUAACAACAGAAUGAGACUUAUGAGAUUGCCUGACCUGUGGAUACGGCCUGCAUUCGGUGGCCGUGGAAGAAAGUUGACGGGUACUUUGGAAGCGCAUGUCAAUGGGUUUCGAUAUUCUACGUCGAGGCCUGAUGAGCGAGUAGAAAUCAUGUAUGGUAAUAUCAAGCAUGCAUUUUUCCAGCCUGCAGAAAGAGAAAUGAUUACCCUUCUUCACUUCCACCUGCACAAUCACAUUAUGGUGGGGAACAAGAAGACAAAGGAUGUCCAGUUUUAUGUUGAGGUGAUGGAUGUUGUGCAAACGCUAGGUGGUGGCAGGAGAUCAGCCCUGGAUCCUGAUGAGAUCGAGGAAGAGCAGAGAGAAAGGGAUCGGAAAAACCGAAUAAAUGCUGAUUUCCAAAACUUUGUCAAUAAGGUACAUGACCACUGGAGUCAAGCACAGUUCAAAGGACUUGAUCUCGAAUUUGACCAGCCUCUGAGGGAGCUUGGGUUCCAUGGAGUUCCUCACAAAUCUUCAGCUUUCAUCGUUCCAACUUCAACCUGUUUAGUUGAGCUGAUUGAGACACCAUUUUUGGUGAUAACAUUGAAUGAGAUUGAGAUUGUUAACUUGGAGAGAGUGGGCUUUUCACAGAAGAACUUUGACAUGGCGAUAGUGUUCAAGGACUUCAAAAGAGAUGUACUCCGCAUUGAUUCCAUCCCAUCAUCAUCCCUUGAUGGAAUUCAGGAGUGGCUUGACACAACUGAUCUGAAAUACUACGAGAGCAGGCUGAACUUGAGCUGGCGUGAGAUCCUGAAAACAAUAACUGAGGACCCUGAAAAGUUCAUAGAAGAUGGUGGGUGGGAGUUUUUGAACUUGGAAGCCAGUGAUCCUGAUUCUGGUAAUUCUGUUGAGUCAGACCAAGGUUACGAACCCUCAGAUGCCGAGCCAGAAUCUGAUUCAGAAGACGAAGACAGUGACAGUGAGUCACUGGUGGAGUCAGAUGAGGAGGAGGAGGAUUCAGAGGACUCGGAAGAGGAGAAAGGGAAAACAUGGGAGGAGCUAGAAAGAGAAGCCAGCAAUGCCGAUAAGGAGAAAGGUGCUGAAUCAGACAGCGAAGAGGAGAGGAGGAAGAGAAAAGCUAAAUCCUUCGGCAAGGCCCGUGCUCCAGAACCAAGAGGGGCCUCUUUCAGCAAGAGGGCGAAAUUGAGACGGUAAACUUUUCAUCUCUGGAGGUUGUAUAAUACAAGUGUGCUCGUGUAAAUUGGAAAAUCGACGAUGGUGGAGUAUGUUCGACCUCUUCAUUUCCUUCCAUAGCCGAAUUUAGUUCUUCGAGCCGAUGUUUAUUUGACAAUGAAAAAGGGAGGAAGCACUCACUUAUUCACCUCAGGGGAGGUAUGUAAGUGAUUUGUGCAGUUUUGUUUAGCUUCCUUUCCUUUCAGUUGUUGGUUAACCAUGCUAUGUUUUAGCAGUAUUUUGUUGGACUUUUUAUAUAGUUCCUAACAUUGGUGAUAGUUUUGUAUAGUCCUUUACAAAGGAUGUAAGACUAGUAUCUCAUAUAUAUAUAUAUAUAUAUAUAUAUAAAUGAUA